AUGUUCGUGACUCGCAGUAUCGGCUCUCUGAUUCGCAAUGCCGGCGCAUCUCGUCUGAAGCAUACUCUUCCGGACUUGCCGUAUGAGUACAGCGCGUUGGAGCCUGUGAUCAGUCGAGAGAUCAUGUGUUUGCAUCACUCCAAGCAUCAUGCCACUUAUGUAAACAAUUUGAAUGCAGCUGAAGAAAAACUUGCUGCAGCCCAGUCGAAAGGAGACAUACAGACCGUGAUCAACCUGGCACCUGCCUUGAGAUUCAAUGGAGGUGGUCACAUCAAUCACACUAUUUUCUGGCAGAACCUUUCCCCAAAAGGGGGUAAACCAUCUGCCGAUCUCAUCAAAGCCAUUGAAAAUGAUUUUGGUUCAAUGGAGAAUAUGAAGAACCAGCUUGCCGCAGCAUCUGUAGCUGUGCAGGGAUCAGGCUGGGGUUGGCUCGGUUACAAUAAGCUCAUGAAGAAGUUACAGAUUGCUACAUGCCAGAAUCAAGAUCCAUUGGAGCCCACAACUGGUAUUGUUCCACUAUUCGGUAUUGAUGUGUGGGAACACGCUUACUACUUGCAAUACAAGAAUGUAAGAGCCGAUUACGUCAAAGCCAUCUUCGACGUUGCCAACUGGGAGGACAUCUCAUUCAGAUACAAGAACGCCGCUAAUUAA